CCCUCCGCAUACCAUCUAACGACACAACCAAAAAAAAAACCAAAACAAAAAAAAGCUCAGGCUCAGCCUCAGAGAGAAAGAAGAACAAACGAAUCAUUACACAGUCUCGUGAUUGCUUCCAAACCGAUUUCACCAUAACGCCUCAAGGAUUUUCAUGAGAGUUUGUCGUUAUCAAUCUCUUCUUGUUGAUCGAUUACGUUCCGGUGUUGAAAGAUUGGAAUUUGAUUCAAUUCGUGCCCGUUUGGUGGUUUUUUAGAUCAAUUGAGACGAAAUUGGAGGUUGUUGAGACAAUGAAGGCGACGGAGGCCUUGCAAGAUCUGAUCGAAGAAGCUAAGCUUCGAACGGUGUAUUGGGCACUUUGUAUCUUUGCAGUAUCUUACUUUUUGACUCACACGAGUAAAUCAAUGUGGAUGAAUAUUCCCAUAUCAAUACUAUUUGUUUCUGCAUUACGAAUUUUAUUUAAUGAGGUGGAAUUCCAUUGGAAAGUGAGGAAAAUUCAUCAGCAGACAUAUUUAUCACAUUUAGAAAAGAAGCAGCUCUCCGUGAAUGAUUCUCGUUUUUCAACAACGCUGCCACCACCAAAAUGGAAGAGAAAAAUUGACUCUCCAGUUGUAGAGGCUGCAAUGGAGGAGUUUGUUAAUAAGAUUUUGCAGGAUUUUGUUUCAGAUUUGUGGUAUUCAGAAAUAACACCUGACAAGGAGGCCCCUGAGCUUAUCCGUGCUGUAAUCAUGGAUGCCCUUGGUGAAGUAUCUGGAAGGGUCAAAGAGAUAAACCUCGUUGAUUUGGUAACAAGGGAUAUAGUUGACUUAGUAGGGGAUCACAUAGAUCUUUUCAGAAGAAACCAAGCUGCUAUUGGUGUGGAUGUAUUGGGAACCCUGUCAUCAGAAGAAAGGGAUGAACGUUUGAAACAUCAUCUUAUUGAUUCAAAGGAGCUUCACCCUGCAUUGAUUUCUCCCGAGUGUGAGUACAAGGUUCUUCAGCAACUUAUAGGUGGGUUGUUAGCUGUAGUGCUGAGGCCACAAGAAGCUCAAUGUCCCCUGGUUCGUUGCAUUGCUCGAGAGCUUGUAACUUGCUUGGUAAUGCUACCAAUUAUGGAUUUUGCAAGCCCUUGGUAUGUUAAUGAGUUGAUUGAGUGUAUUUUGCUUGCUAUUAAAGAUUAUGUGAGCAAAGCAGGGGACAACCAGUCACCCAAUGUAGUGGGUCAUACCAGUGGUCAUGCUGUUGCUGCAGAUGCCAUACAAAAUGAAUUUACUCCUAGGAAGAAUUCAUCUUCCAACAAGCAAGGGACUGACCUGAUGAUGUCAAGAUCCGACAAUCAGAAAGAGAUUCCCCUGGAUGCUUCGGAAAAUUUGUACUCUCAUUUAUUUGGUGAAGAACCUACGCAGUCGCGGCCUGCUGACUGGGCACGGAUAUUGGAGGCAGCAACCCAAAGGAGAACGGAGGUUCUGACGCCAGAAAAUCUUGAAAACAUGUGGACUAAAGGAAGGAAUUAUAAAAAGAAAGUUAGGAAGGUUUCUGCAGGAGGACUUCAGGCUCCUGCUGCCAAGGGUUCAGCAAGUAACAAUGCUGAACCUACAAAAAAUUCAAGGAAGGAAAUGUCAAGCCACAGGUUUCUAAUUUCUUCUACAACAGAAGAUAAAACUCUAGUGCAGUUAUCAUCAGGAUUGCAUAGAGAGACUCGACUAAGUGAUGGGAAGAACAAUGUGGUGUAUUUAUCUCAUGGUCUAAACAAGCAACAAUCUUUUGGGGGAACACCUCUUGUUGAUGAAUUUAAGGCUACCACUUCUCUUACUGACAUUGGGAAUAAAGGUGUACUUAAGAGAUCAAACAGCACUUCUGCUUUAAAUAUUCAAUCUAGUAUGGAAAAAGCUUUCCCAAGUGAGGGUGGUGGGUCCAUUAUUUCAGAGUUCUAUAGCCCAGAUUUUGGAAGGCAUAAUGAUAAUCGUAAUGCUAAGAGUGUUUCAGAUAUGGUGUUACGCAAUGAAGGAGUCCACACUCCCAAGCUUCGGUGCCGGGUUAUAGGAGCAUACUUUGAGAAACUUGGGUCAAAUUCAUUUGCAGUUUACUCAAUUACAGUGACAGAUGCAGAUGAAAACACGUGGUUUGUGAAAAGAAGCAGAUAUAGAAAUUUUGAGAGAUUGCAUCGUCACCUUAAGGACAUUCCUAAUUAUACAUUACAUUUGCCUCCCAAAAGGAUAUUUUCCUCUAGCACUGAGGAUACUUUUGUUCAUCAGCGCUGCAUUCAGCUGGACAAAUAUCUGAGAGAUCUGCUCUCAAUUGCUAAUGUUGCUGAACAACAUGAAGUGUGGGACUUUUUGAGUGCUUCCUCAAAGAAUUACUCCUUUGGAAGAUCAUCUUCAGUGAUGAAAACCCUGGCAGUGAACGUGGAUGACGCAGUGGAUGAUAUCGUACGCCAGUUCAAAGGGGUCUCAGAUGGCUUAAUGCGCAAAGUUGUUGGUUCAUCUUCCCCUCCACAUGAAGUGUCUCCUGCAAUUUCAAGCAGGAACUUAUCCUUUAAUGCUGAGAUGAUUAAACAACUUUCAUGGCAAAAUAGCACAGAAUCAGCAAAAAGCAUUUCUGAUUAUGAUGAAGGUGAUAAAGAUGGAAUUAAUGAGCAUGAGGAAGUAGAACCUACUGUGCAAGAUAGUGGGUGGCAUUCGGACAAUGAAUUGAACACAAAGGGUUUUCCACCUAGGGUGGUUAAACGAGGUGAGAAGAUUAGAAGCUUAGAUCCUGAGAAGAAACAUGGUUCAGAGAAAGAAUCUCCAUCGGUCAGUCUGGGUGGAUAUCUUGCCUCAGGUUUCCCAGUAUCCUCUGAUCACUUGGCGGAUCCGGUUGUAGUGCCACCAGAGUGGACACCACCUAAUGUAAGCUUACCUGUGUUGAAUUUAGUUGAUAAGAUGUUUCAGCUAAAGAGAAAAGGCUGGCUAAGAAGACAGGUCUUCUGGAUAUCAAAGCAAAUAUUGCAGUUAAUGAUGGAAGACGCUAUUGAUGACUGGCUCCUGGGGCAAAUUCAGUGGCUCCGGAGAGAUGAUGUUAUUGCUCAAGGGAUUCGGUGGGUCCAAGAUGUUCUUUGGCCCGAUGGCACAUUCUUUCUGAGAUUAAAUAGUCAUACUGAAAUAGAUGAUUGUGAACCUCAUCAGCGAUCUUUUCAAACUACAAGGAGUAGGGCCUCUAAACUUGGUUCUUUUGAGCAGCAGCUUGAGGCUGCUCGUAGAGCUAGUGAUAUCAAGAAAAUGAUCUUCAAUGGAGCUCCAACUGCUCUCGUCAGCUUGAUUGGGCAUAAGCAGUAUCACCGUACCGCAAGAGAUAUAUAUUAUUUCCUUCAGUCUACAAUCUGUUUGAAGCAACUAGCAUAUGGAAUACUUGAACUGGUACUCGUUUCAGUUUUCCCUGAGCUGCGUGACCUUGUGCUGGAUAUUCAUCAGAAGAUGCACACCCAGCCGGAAUAGCAAUAGUUUCCAUUUUUCUUCACACUUAUCCAUUAUUCAUUCCUAGAGUGGAUAGCUAAUUUCCUGAUAACACUGAGGGUCAAAAGAUGAAUUCGUCCAAGAUUGGCAAGAUAACCUGACUCGGAUAUUCAUUGCCCUUUGACUGCUUUGUGGUGAUAUUCUUUUCCUCAAGGAAGGGAGAAAUGAGAUUCUGAUAAAUGUACAAAAAUCGCUUCUAGGAUGCGGGAAAUAGUUUUUCUGUAUCCCUCUCUUCUAACUGUACAGGAAUGGACAAUUAGAAUUUGUAUAGGAAGUCCUCUUGCUGAAAAUACUGAUUUACUUGAACAACACACCCUUUGAUGGGAAUUUUGUAUUGAUUUUUUUUGGAAAUUACAACCAGUGCUGGUCUCUCUAUUCGUUCCUCAUGUUAGUAAUUUUUCUUUUUUUGAAAAAAAGAAAUAAAAAUGUCGGAUUGCUUUUAUUUAUGACAUUUCAAAAAACUCGAGAUAUUAUGUAAUACCUCUUUAGUUUCCGUAACCAAUAUCUGCUGCUACCAACCCUUGAACACCUGACCUAUGGUUUUCACAUGGCUUGAGAACCACACAGCAGUUGCCAAGGUUCCAUGAAUGGGUUGGUGUUGAUUACCUCCAUCUGUUUACUUUUACUGCAAUAUCUUUCUUUACUUUGUUUUGUUUUUUGUAUAUUUUUUAUAAACAUACUUUGUUGUUGUGUUUUUGAAUUAUGUGAUAGGAGCAACUGAUGUGAUUAUAAAAAGUUUGUAAAAUUUGUUGAUUUGUACAACACUAUUCUUUUAUAUACCAUUACGUGGAAUGGGUUUUUGAAAGUUGAGGCGAAAUAUGCUGUCUGUAGAAGUUCACUAUGCACGAGCAUAAUCUUUUUAUUGGAUAUCAGCAAAUACUCUUUUAUUGGAGAUCAACGAUUAGCAAUUCUAACAAAGAGACCUAUUGAACGUGGUGUCAGUUAUGCAAAUCAGUGCCAAAUUUUAUGUAACACAUGCUUAACAAAGCAUACAUAAAACUGAUCCCUUAAAAUUAGCAAAACUGCAUUCGUUCUUACAUGAAGGCGAGCAAUAGCAUUGUAUGAACAAAUCACACAUUGAAACUUAAAAAAGGUUGCUAAAUGGGCCGGUGAGAGUUUUGCGUAGAUUGGAGUACAGGGCGAGGAGAGAGUAUUGGCGUAGAUUAGCAACCUCAUACCAAGAAUUGAGGACCUCCUCGUUCUUGUUGGUGCCUGAGAAAGCCAACUGUAUGCCUAGGUUGCAGUCAACAGCACCACCAUUGCCUAUGCAGUUUGAAGUUGGAAUUGCACAGUCUGUAUGGUUUAGGCAAACUAAAGACUUCCCAGUGCAUGAGGCACACCCAAACUUCUUCCAAUACAAGUUUUGAAGAGUGCCCUUUUGGAAUUCAAGCACCUGUGAUGGAACAACAUAAAUAACUAACUUCAAUACUGUAGUAUGCAAAAAUUAUUAGGUGGCUUGGCAAAUCAAGCAUGGCCGUCAGGGCGUGUUAAAGCAUUUUCAGAAUAUAUUUGUAUAUAUAUGUUUUUUGAUUAUUUUGAAAAGUUGAAUAUUGUUAUUGUUGUCUGAAUUAAGAGAGAGGUAUGACUAUUGAGUUUGAAACCAAAGAGUUAUGACCAUUAGGUUUAAAUUCAUUUGUGCAUAACAUAGUCGGACAACAAUUAUUAAGACAUGGCUUGAUUGUAUCUUGGAGGUAGAUUUGUUGUAACUUGCUUACACAUCAGAUUUGACUGAAUUGGUCUUACCAGAGUAAAGCUAGUUACUGUGUUUGUCAUAUCUGCAACAAAGAUGGGCACUGAUCUUGCUAUAUAUUGCCGCCCUGCAAAAGCCACCAUAUACCCACCUGCCAUAUUCUGCAUAUAUAUAUUCAUAAAAAUCACAAAAGAAAUUAAUUACAUUUUCUUUCAAUUCAUUAAAAUGAUUCGAAUUUUAUUAGAAACACAGAACAAAUAAUUAAAAGAUGACUAGUUCAUGAAAUUCAUGGAGAUUAUCAUGGCAGCCAAACAAAAAUUUUCAUUUCUAGAGAUAAAAUCAUCCAACAUUAAAGAAAUUUGAACUUCAUUGGAAACAUAAUUUUUUUCAAAAUUAUAAUUUAAAAAAUUUAUGUGUUCUUAGCACAACUGUUAAAAAAUAGAAAAAAGAUCAUAGAAAAACUUCAACAAAGACUAGUUCAAUCAAGUUUGUGAAACUUGUUGAAAAUUUUUCAAGUAUAUUGUCUUGCAACCAAACAAGUUUUCCAAAUUCUGGAGAUAAAAUCAUCAACAAACUCAGAAAUUUAGGCUAUAACAAGUACAUACCGGAUUGAAUUGGGUGCCAUUGAGGGUAAGGAGAGAAAUCUCAUCCACCUUAGGCCUGAACAUGGCAAGUUGAAAGUGAUGCUAGCGAGGAGAAGAUGACGAUCACAAAGUGAAAGCUGAGUCUCAUUGAAAAUGAAGGACUCUUUUGUCGAGAAAGCAAGACCGAAGGUAAAACCAUCAUAUCUCUGAACUUUUGCAUCUAAACAAGGAUCAAAUACAUGAUUUGUGUCCCAUGCUUUGGCUUGGAUCAUCAUCAAUGUCAUUAUCGCAAUGUGUGUUACCAUAAUUGCCCUCACCAUGGCAGGUAAUCUUCUUCAUUGAAAAAAAAAAAAA